UGCUCCGGGCGCGUGCAUAGUAAGGCGCGUGGCCGAGGGGAGAAGGCUGCCCUGGGUUCGCUUUAACGCUUAUGUUAGGGGGAAAAGACCAUGGCGGUGUUUCAGCAGCGAGUUUCUGUGCUGACGGAGAAGGACCAGAGAGCAGAGCGAGCAAGGCCCAGCUUUUCUUUUUCUUUUUUUUUUCCCCUCUUAAUGAUCCUUAGUAGAAGUGCGAAUGGCGCUAGGCUGUAGGGAGGGAUACUCCGCAGUCCCUGCGUUUGAUUGAUAGGCAAUGGGCAGGCUUUUAUUCCAGUUAAAGGAACAGAACGAAAAGAGGCGAUAUUUUGUUUACAAGAAUUGUGAAGUCUGGCGCUAGAAUGCUCCAGCGUUGCCAGCAGCAACAGUAACUAUGAUGACGUCGCCAUCGUCGGUGUCCAUGGAGGAGUUUCAGGAGACUCAACAGAUGCAGGAGGAGGAGCACUCAGUUGGAGAGACUGAUGAAAGGUUGGAGGAGGAAGAGGAGAGAGAGGAGGAGGAUGAGGAGGAGGAGAGCGGCCCGGUGCCAGCUGACCCCCAGACACCCAUGGAGGCCCAAAAAGCCGCCAUAUACAGGCAUCCCCUGUUUCCACUACUGGCACUUUUGUUUGAGAAGUGUGAGCAGUCCACGCAGCGCUCCGAGUGCGUGACGUCGGCCAGCUUUGACAUGGACAUCCAGAACUUUGUGCGGAGUCAGGAUAAGGAGAGCAAGUCGUUCUUCAGCGAGGACCCUGAGCUCGACAGCCUGAUGGUGAAGGCGAUUCAGGUGUUGCGUAUCCACCUGCUGGAGCUGGAGAAAGUGAGCGACCUGUGUAAAGACUUCUGCAGCCGCUAUAUCGCCUGCCUGAAGACUAAGAUGAACAGCGAGACUCUGCUGAGCAGCACUGAUCCGGCCAGUCCGUACUCACCUACACAGGCUCAGGUUCCUAGCUCUUUCCCUGGAACUGUGAGUCCGCAGGGGAUCGUACUACCAACAUCCGCCUUACAACAGGGCAGCCUUACUGUGACAGCAGUAAACCCCACACAGGUUGUGUCAGGUGGCACGGUCUAUCAGCCUGUAACUGUUGUGACUCCACAAGGCCAGGUGGUCACCCAGGGUCUCUCACCUGGUACAAUACGCAUCCAGAACUCACAGCUCCAGUUACAACUGAACCAGGAUCUCAGUUUCCUGAGUCAAGAUGAAAGCUCAUCUAAGACCAAGCGGGGUAUCCUGCCCAAGCACGCCACCAGCGUCAUGCGUUCUUGGCUCUUCCAGCACAUCGGGCAUCCGUAUCCCACAGAAGAAGAGAAGAAGCAGAUUGCCCUGCAGACUAACCUCACCCUGCUGCAAGUCAAUAACUGGUUCAUAAAUGCACGAAGGCGGAUCCUGCAGCCGAUGCUGGACGCCAGCUCAUCGGAGGUGCCGAAGAACAAGAAGAAAACACCACAGACUCGUCCACUUCAGCGCUUCUGGCCAGACUCCCUCGCUUCCUCAGUCUCCCAGCAACAGGUUACCAUGGAAGAUGGUACCAUGGUGUCAGUCAGCAUGGUGGGAGAAGACAGGCUGCAGACGCUGACGUCGGACGGAGCGACGCUGGCCAUGCAGCAAGUGAUGAUGGGCGGCCACAGCGAGGACGACGAAGAGGACGAGGAUGAAGACGAAGAGGACAAUCUAUCCCACUCCGACAUGACCAGGCUAGGCCUGGAAACCAGCGACUCACUGUAGGAAUGAGAAGUUAGAUUUACCCUUAGACACACAUACACACACUCUGCCAGGGAUGUCGAGAGACACGUUAAAGGUUGUUAUUAAAUAGAUAUUGUUUAAGAAAGUGAAAAAAAAAAUCAAAAACGAAGGAAUAAGAGAAAGAAAUGAAAGAAGGAGAGACAUUUUCUCACUGUGCGGUCGAGUGCAUGUUCACGUACUGUACGUCACAUUACGGACAAUCGGGUUGUCAAACAUCCCGAUGAUUAAAUCAAUUGAAAGGCUUAAAGCCAUACACGCCAAAUAAAGAAAACGAAAUAACAAUGCAGUUCAUGUACACACACAUACACGCAAAUGAUAAGCACAAUUGUACAACAACGUUUCUUGCACAGUGAGGAUAUGCAUCAGUUUCAUUUCAAAAACGUGUUUUAUUGUUUGUUUGUUUGUUUGUCUGUCUGUUCAGCAGCACAAAGGAAACCUCAUGCACUUUUUCGUAUGUUACUGUAAACAGCCAUGUUAAAAACAGCCAAAAGAGAAGAGAAGGCGUGGGUCAAUGCGGGAUGAUUUGGCUUUUUACUUGUCCUCGUCUCCUUGGAUGAGCUUGUGUCUCUUGCAUGCCUGUGUUUGCGAUGUUUUCAGACACCAGAGAAGAAGAAACUAUUUUUAUAUUUACACUGCUGAUGAAUCGAUGCCGUUUUGCUUUGGCUCAGUUUUGCUGUGUUUUUUGGUAAAAGACAAUUUAUGUUGGUGAUGAUGAAAAAAGUCACUUUUUUAAAAAAAAUGAUGGCCCAGUUUUGGGGGAAUUUUGAUAAAGCUUAAUUAAUACCUGUCAAUACAAAGAAAGAGUGAUAAGUUGAAGAAAAGGAAAAAAAACAGUUUCGUUUUAUGACUUGAAACUGGCCUAGUUUUUGUCUAAUUAAACUGACUAGCACUUCUGCUAAAGCUUUAGUUUUCAGGAAAAACCAACAAACAUCUAAAGUGACAGUUAAUCAAGUACCAGUACAUUCCCACUAUGAGUUACGAUUCUGUUUUUACACACCGUUGUCUAUUUUUUCUUUUAAAAACACUUUCUUAUGAGAUCCUUAAGUCUAGUUAUAUGGAAAAAGUUCAUUUGUGACCCAUCACAUCAAAUCGGGUAUUAAGCUGCAUGUUGGGUGAUUUGAGUUUGGCAUAUUUUCAGAUUCCUGGUUUAAUAAGUUCUGUUUAAAUUUUUCAGUUGUUGAGAUUCGACCAGUGCGAGUUUGUUUACGAGGAGGAAGGAGGGGGGGCCUGGAGGGGGGCUGAUAAUAUUGAAAUGAGGAUUCCGUGAUAUUGUAAGAAAGAACUUCACCAGCAGCGCAGCUUUAUAGAGAAUAUGCAUGUCUUUCUAUUACAACUAGAGUUACUAGCUUGAAUAGUGGUUCAUUUAAGUGCGUUUAAGC